GGAAGCAAAGUUCGCAUACUGGCCAGGCGUCACUAGACGAACACAGAGCAUCUACUUUUCGUAUUGCAGUGGUUUGUUUCGUACCACAUGGCAUAACUGCACGAGAAGCGCGUUAUGAGGAUUCCUUGUAUUUUAAUAUUCUAGAGCUCGUGGUUGGCAAAAUAAGCACAAAAUGUCUCAGAUACAGGCAAGAUUCUUCACAGAAGACAAAAGGUACGUUGUAGAUGAUGUCCCGUUCUCCAUCCCAGCUGCAUCCGAAGUGCAGGAACUCAGCAAUGUAAUCAACAAGCUGCUGGAAGCUAAAAAUGCUUCUCACAGUAAAGUGGAGUUUGACUUCCUGGUCAGGGGUCAGUUCCUGCGAACCUCACUGUCAGCUCACAUGGAGACAGAGAGUAUAUUAACGGAAGAAGUUGUGGAGAUAGAAUACGUGGAGCGGAUCACGGCCCCAGAACCCGAGGAGUGCAUGAUGCAUGAUGACUGGAUUAGCUCUGUAGAUGCUGAUGCUGAAUGGAUCUUAACAGGGUCAUACGACAAGACUGCCAGAAUUUGGUCUACUGAGGGCAAGCCUGUGAUGACUGUGCCUGGACAUACAGAUGUGGUCAAAGACGUAGCCUGGGUCAAAAGAGAGGGUCUGACCUCUCUGCUUCUGACGGCCUCUCUGGACCAAACCGUGUUACUGUGGGAGUGGAACUCUGAGAGAAACAAGGUGGAAGCCAGACAUUGCUGUCGUGGACACGCGGGGAGCGUUGACACCAUUUCUGUAGACCCCACAGGAACGAAGUUCUGCAGUGGCUCUUGGGACAAAAUGUUGAAGAUCUGGUCAGCAGUGCCUACAGAUGAGCAGGAUGAGAUCAAGGAGCCGGCUGACAGACCGAGGAAAAAACAGAAGACUCAGCAGCUCGGCCUGACCAGGACUCCCUUGAUGACAUUGUCGGGACACAGCGAGGCAGUGUCAUCUGUCCUGUGGUGUGACAGUGAGGAGGUUUGUAGCGCGUCUUGGGACCACACCAUCCGCAUAUGGGACGUCGAUACUGGAGGGAUGAAAACUACGUUGACUGGCAGCAAAGUGUUUAACUGUAUUUCCUACUCACCUUUGUGUCGACGGCUAGCCUCAGGUAGCACCGAUAGACACAUCCGACUGUGGGACCCUCGCACCAAAGAUGGGUCUCUUGUUCUGCUGUCGCUGACCUCUCACACUGGCUGGGUUACCGCUGUCAAGUGGGCACCAUCACAUGAGCACCAGUUGGUCUCGGGUUCCCUUGACAACCUGAUCAAACUUUGGGAUACCAGAAGCUGUAAGGCUCCUCUGUAUGACCUGGCGGCCCAUGAAGACAAAGUAUUUUGUGUGGACUGGACAGAAAGCGGGCUGAUGCUGAGUGGAGGCGCAGAUAACAAGUUGUAUACCUACAGAUACUCAGCCCAACAGGCAGAGGCAUAGAGAUUCAUUACACAUUGGACAGACAGACACAAAGACAAUAUUCAGGACUUACAUCAAGGACUUCAAAGUGUUGGACAAAUAUUUUGGCUUUGUUCUUUGCUUUCCUGAUUCGUUUUACACAAAUUUUCUUACAGCUCGUCCUCAUUUCAAUGUUAUCCAAACAGAUUAUAAAUUAACUUUUUUCUCCUAAAA